AUGUCGCAGGCACAAGUAGAAGGGGAUCUGAUGUCUGCGAGCCACGGCCACGGGGACCCCAAUUCUUCUGAGCUCCACUCGUUCCCCAUCUUCUCGGCGGCCAGCGGUUGGGAGCAACAGCAGUUGCCGUCGUUGCCUUGGUUGCAAAGUGCAGGGGUACCUGGGCUGCGGCGUGGAGUUCUUCCUCCCAAUGCUGCCCCCGCUGCAUCAGCCCCCUUGUCUGGCAUGUAUUCCGGCACCAUGGAUUCGGAAAGAUCUUUUACCGACAUCAUUACAAGGGGAUGUAAUCCUGCAGCUUUGUCUGAUAAUGUCCCAACUCCUAAUGAAAUGCCAGAUUGUGAUGAGGCCCUAGCAAGUGUGAAAGGGAGUCAGAAAAGGUCCAAGAAUUUCAGUAAAGACGAGGACGAAUUGUUGGUCUCAGCAUGGCUAAAUGUGAGUUUGGAUCCAGUUCACGGAGUUGAUCAAUCACGUUCGACAUAUUGGAAAAGAAUAUAUGAUUAUUUUCAUAUCAACAAGACAUUUGAUUCUGAUCGAACGCAAAGCUCCCUAAUGAGCCGGUGGUCUGGUAUUCUACAUGAUGUGAACUUAUAUGCUGGUUGCGUUUCAAAGAUAGAGGCUAGAAAUCAAAGUGGUUUAUCUAUCGCUGAUAAGGAAAAAAAUGCAUUAAAAAUGUUCAAGUCUGAGGACAAGCAGCACCGCAAUUUCCCUUACCUCCAUUGCUGGGAAAAAUUGAAAGACAAGGCCAAGUGGAAAAAUAGAAGCAAUCAGAGUGGAACGACUUCAAGGAAAAAGCAAAAGACCACGGCGAAUUCAAGUCAUGUAGCGGCUACACAAUUAGUUGUCACUGCUAAUGGUGAAGAGAGUCAGGCAGCAAUGCCUAUAGUGGACAGACCUACAGGGAAGAAGAAGGAGAAAGACAAAUUACGACAACGUUCCAGCAUCGAAGCAUUGGAUUAUAUGUUGGCAAAGAAGAAAGAGGCUGACAUAGAGAAGGAUUUGAAGAAAGAGGAGAGGUGCAAAAAAGCCUUUGCAUUGCAGGAAGAAAGGAUCAGAAUCGAGGAAGAAAGGAACAGAAUUGAGGAAGAAAGGAUCAGACUUGAAAAAGACAAAUUUGAGUUCGAAAGGAACCUUGAAGAAGAGAGAAUUAUGAAUGUCGAUACAAGUACCAUGUCCACCAAACAGCAGCUACUGUAUGAACAACUCCAGAAUGACAUACUUGCACGGCGUAUAAAAAAUUAG